UCCCCUGUCUCCCCUCCCCCAGCCCCCUCCCAGCACUCGGGCGGAAGUGAGUUUGCUCCUUUGGAGAUUAAAAGGAUUCCGAAUUCCGAUCAGUCCCAAUAACCGGCGUACUGAGAGGAGGAGGAGGAGGAGGAAGAGGCGGCAAAGCAGAGAAAGAGGGGGCGCGCGUGCGCGCGCUCGCAGCCCGAAUUGGGGGAGUUGUGCAAAGCCCCAGGAGGCUAGGGCACGGCGAGAGCAAGCCCCGGUAGGCGCAGCGCAGCCGGGCCACCCGCGUCCCGUUCGGCGACUCUUUUCAGAAAGAAGAUGACGCAGGCGGGAGCCGGCGGCGUUGGCCACGCGGCUUCUGAACUUGCGGCGCAGGGCCGUUGCCGGUUCCACUGAUUCCAACGCGCCCGGGAGGAGGCUCCGUCCCCGAGGCUCGGGAUCGGAGGGGGGACCAGGGCGAGGGCGAAAUGGCCCUAUGACAAAGGAAAUGUGAUCCCCCUUCGCUGCCAAGGUUUCAGAGAGGACGGACGUGAGGAGGAGGAGGGGCGCGGGGCGCGCGCGGAGCUCGGAUAGCAUUGCACGACGGCCCGCGCAGAGCGGGCAGCGGGUACAUCUAAUAUCUUCCUGCCGAUGAAUAAUUCAGUGCGGCCCGCGGGGACCUGCGGCCCCGCGCUGCAGCGGGGCUAAGCCGGAGAGGAAGGAGCGCGCGGAAGGCGCCCAGGCCCGGCCGGGCUAGGCGGGGGCACGAGGGCCCCGGGCCGCGUGGGGCGCGCGUGCGUGUUAGCGCGGAUAGCAGCGGCCGGGUUGGGCCGGCGCGCGGGAGACUCGAAGCGCGUGGAACGCGCGUGCGUAUUGCACGCGUGCGGCCGUGGCCAGACCCGCACGAGGUGCAGCUGCGCCGGGGCCGACCGCCCUGCAAGAGAGGCUGCGCCUGGCGGUGCGCAAGCCCCGAGCGCAGUACGCCGGGCCACCCAGGAGCCCUCGGCCGCCGCGUCAUGCGGUGGGGCGGUCGGCGUCGCGCGGGGGGACACCGGCUUGGCGACGCUUUGCUCCCGCCUUUACGAGUUUGGGGCACAUUCCCUAACCAAGAAGAGACUAAAAAAUCUGUUUAAAGAAAAGCAACACACCAAAUACUCGUCGAACCAAAUUCUGCUCUCGCCAGGACUAGGAUUACACAGCGGACUCUCAAUUUGGGGACUCCUCUUGGUUAGCGCGAAGCGAAGCCCCAGCUGCUCCAGGGAGUACACUGACCUCCCAGCCCCUGCUUGCCCCUCGCGUGUCGGGGCUUGUUCUGGCGUUACAGCUUCGGAAGGCACGCGGCCCCCACGUCCUCCGGGAGGAAUCUGUGUCACCUCUGGUUAGUGGCAUUUAAUGCCCGCAGUGUUGGAGCUGGCAGCGCGCGGGCCGGACGUGGCGAGGCCAAGGGGUCUGCGUCGCUCUGGUGUCUGCUCCCGGAUUUCAGGCCUAAUCGAUGCAUUUUUCUGAGUGAGUCGGUGGCUCCCCCACCCACCUCGUCCGCGCUCUCCUCCUCCUCCUCCUCUUCCUCUCUGGUCUCCUCCCUCCUCUGGGCCGGGUUGCAAAUGGCUUCGUUCCCCGAGUCCGACUUCCAGAUCUGCCUGCUUUGCAAGGAGAUGUGCGGCUCGCCGGCGCCGCUCUCCUCCAACUCGUCCGCGUCGUCCUCGUCGUCGCAGACGUCCACGUCGUCUGGGGGCGGCGGAGGGGGGCCCGGGGCGGCGGCACGCCGCUUGCACGUCCUACCCUGCCUACACGCUUUCUGCCGCCCUUGCCUCGAGGCGCAUCGGAUGCCGGCGGCGGGCGGUGGCGCACCCGGAGAACCGCUCAAGCUGCGCUGCCCCGUGUGUGACCAGAAAGUAGUAUUAGCCGAAGCGGCUGGCAUGGACGCGCUGCCUUCGUCCGCCUUCCUGCUCAGCAACCUGCUUGACGCCGUGGUGGCCACCGCCGAAGAGCCGCCGCCCAAGAACGGGCGCGCCGGCGCCCCAGCGGGCGCUGGCGGCCACAGCAAUCACCGGCACCACGCGCACCACGCACACCCGCGCGCAUCCGCCUCCGCGCCGCCGCUCCCGCAGGCGCCACCGCCGCCCGCGUCUUCUCGCUCAGCGUCGGGUGGCCCCACAGCCUCCCCGUCCGCACUGCUGCUGCGCCGGCCGCAUGGGUGUAGCUCGUGCGAUGAGGGCAACGCGGCCUCUUCUCGCUGCCUCGACUGCCAGGAGCACCUGUGCGACAAUUGCGUCCGCGCGCAUCAGCGCGUGCGUCUCACCAAGGAUCACUAUAUUGAGCGCGGCCCGCCGGGUCCCGCAGCCGCGGCCGCGGCGCAGCAACUCGGGCUCGGCUCCCCUUUUCCUGGUGCGCCCUUCUCCAUUCUCUCGGUGUUCCCGGAGCGCCUCGGCUUCUGCCAGCACCACGACGACGAGGUGCUGCACCUGUACUGCGACACUUGCUCUGUGCCCAUCUGUCGGGAGUGCACAAUGGGCCGACACGGUGGCCACAGCUUCAUCUACCUCCAGGAGGCGCUGCAGGACUCGAGGGCACUCACCAUCCAGCUGCUGGCAGAUGCCCAGCAGGGACGCCAGGCAAUCCAGCUGAGCAUCGAGCAGGCCCAGACGGUGGCAGAACAGGUGGAGAUGAAGGCGAAGGUGGUACAGUCGGAGGUCAAGGCUGUGACUGCAAGGCAUAAGAAGGCCCUGGAGGAGCGGGAGUGCGAACUGCUGUGGAAGGUAGAGAAGAUCCGCCAGGUGAAAGCCAAGUCUCUGUACCUGCAGGUUGAGAAACUUCGGCAAAACCUCAACAAGCUAGAGAGCACCAUCAGUGCCGUUCAGCAGGUCCUGGAGGAGGGUAGGGCACUGGACAUCCUCCUGGCCCGAGACCGGAUGCUGGCCCAAGUGCAGGAGCUGAAGACCGUGGGGAGCCUCCUGCAGCCUCAGGAAGAUGAUCGGAUCAUGUUCACACCCCCUGACCAGGCACUGUACCUUGCCAUCAAGUCCUUUGGCUUUGUUAGCAGUGGGGCCUUUGCACCUCUCACAAAGGCCACAGGUGAUGGCCUCAAGCGGGCCCUUCAGGGUAAGGUUGCCUCCUUCACUGUCAUUGGCUACGACCAUGAUGGUGAGCCACGCCUUUCGGGAGGUGACCUCAUGUCAGCUGUAGUCCUUGGCCCCGAUGGCAACCUCUUUGGUGCAGAGGUGAGUGACCAGCAGAACGGGACUUACGUGGUGAGCUACCGGCCCCAGCUAGAGGGCGAGCAUCUGGUGUCGGUGACCAUGUGCAACCAGCAUAUUGAGAACAGCCCCUUCAAAGUGGUGGUCAAAUCAGGCCGCAGCUACGUGGGCAUUGGGCUCCCAGGCUUGAGCUUCGGCAGUGAGGGUGAUAGCGAUGGCAAGCUCUGUCGCCCUUGGGGUGUCAGUGUGGACAAGGAGGGCUACAUUAUUGUCGCUGACCGCAGCAAUAACCGCAUCCAGGUAUUCAAGCCCUGUGGCUCAUUCCAUCACAAAUUUGGUACUCUGGGCUCCCGGCCCGGCCAGUUCGACCGACCAGCUGGGGUGGCCUGCGAUGCUUCACGCAGAAUCGUGGUGGCUGAUAAGGACAAUCAUCGCAUCCAGAUCUUUACCUUUGAGGGUCAGUUCCUCCUCAAGUUUGGUGAGAAAGGAACCAAAAAUGGGCAGUUCAACUACCCUUGGGAUGUGGCGGUGAAUUCUGAGGGCAAGAUCCUAGUCUCAGACACCCGGAACCACCGGAUCCAGCUGUUCGGGCCUGAUGGCGUCUUCCUGAAUAAGUACGGCUUCGAGGGGGCUCUCUGGAAGCACUUUGAUUCCCCGCGGGGUGUGGCCUUCAACCACGAGGGCCACUUGGUGGUCACCGACUUCAACAACCACAGGCUCCUGGUCAUUCAUUCCGACUGCCAGUCGGCUCGCUUCCUGGGCUCCGAGGGCACCGGGAACGGGCAGUUCCUGCGUCCGCAAGGUGUGGCUGUGGACCAGGAAGGGCGCAUCAUCGUGGCCGAUUCCAGGAACCACCGGGUACAGAUGUUUGAGGCCAACGGCAGCUUCCUGUGCAAGUUUGGCGCUCAAGGCAGUGGCUUUGGGCAGAUGGACCGCCCUUCCGGCAUCGCAGUCACCCCUGAUGGAAUGAUCGUGGUGGUGGACUUUGGCAACAAUCGAAUCCUCAUCUUCUAAAUCGCGUCUUCUAGGUUUCUGUGUUUGGGGUGUGCGUGUUCGUCUCUCUCUUUUUGAAUUUCAAAGAAGCAGUCUCAGGGAAAUUUCUGUUUUCUUUCUUUCUUAAAUUUUUUUUUUUUUUUUUUGUUAAGAGAACAAGAAAAGUACAACAUUGCUUAAGUCCUACCUCAUCUUUAUUUUUUUACAGAUGAAUGUACUUGUCUUUUGUGCAGGGAUUGAGCCUGUGAAGUGAUAAUUUCUAUCUACCUCAUAAAUCUUUACAUUUCCUUCUCCAGCAGGCCCUCUUCCCUUCCUCAGUGGAGUUCACAUUUCCCUUGUCCCCAUGUGGGGCGCGAUAUGCACAAGCCUAGCAUCUCUACGGCUGCAAGGGCACUGGAUGUGUGUGGUGGGGUGUAUUUUGUAGAUUGAGCCAAGGUAACCCAAAAAAAACAAAAAAAAAAAAAAAAAAAAAAAAGGGCAAAAAAUUAUAAAGCGUGGGAAAAAUAGGAUUUAAAAUUCAUAAUUGUAGACUAUUUGUGUUCUUGAGAAUGCUGUGUUUAUGUGGGUUUAGAUUGUGUUGUGUGGUUUGAUCUUUUUGUUUUUGGAAAAAAUCUUUUUUUUUUUUUUUUUUAAUGCUGCAACAGAGGACUUUCCUCUGUUCUCUUAUUACCUCAGUGUGUCUAACAUCCCUUCAGCAUCUUUCUUUUUAUUCCUGCGAGAUGUGGCUGUGGCUUGCUAGCCAAGAAAAGCAGACCUUUAGUACUUUAGGGCACCUGAUCUUUUUGUUAGGGAGGGUGUGUGCGCGAGGGCACACACACACGUGUAUUUUAAGCCAUCUUGCACCCAAAAUAAUAAAGCUGGGAACGACACAGCACAUCCCAAGGAACCUUUUUUUUUUUUUUUCCUUUACACUUUGGCUUCUUAAAAAAAAGUAGGUAUAGCUCAGGAUUCUUAAUGAAAAGUAUUCUCAAAAGUUGAUUAUACUUAUUUUAUUAUUGGUUAGAAAGAGUUCAGUGGAAGGAAGAAGAAAAUUAUCAUUCUCAGAGAGUUUUUAGGCAUGGAUGGACAUGUGCUGAAGGAGUAGGUAGAGGGCACCCCCAAACCAGGGACUGUUUAGGAGGAGCAGGGGUCCGCCCUGACCCCAGAGUGAAUGUUCUGUUAUGCUAGGAGUUUCUUUUCCUGAGAAGAGAAGCAAAGGAAUAAACUUAUGAUUAAAGCACAAUUUUUUUUUUCCUGCUUCGGAAGUUCAGGGAAAUAGAAUGUUUAACCAUCAUUAAUUGGAGCAGUCCGUUCCCAUACCCUCUGCUCUGGUCACUUUUACAGAAUCAUUGCACCCGAGUGACGCUAUAGGACCUCAUGAUUAACGUGUAUUUUUUUUUUUUUUCUCUCAAGGCCUUUGAAUGUAAAGGAUUAGUAAACCAAAUCACCCCAACCUGAAAUGUAUGCCAUGAUAAACUUUUCUUAAACCUGUAUCUCGGUACCAAAGAAUGAAAACUUGUGUAAGCCAGUCCCCCCUCUGCAGAACGGGGUGGCGGGGAUGGCAUCUGUGUCACUUUACAGGAUUGGUUUCUUCAUUAGCUGGACUUGGGUAUAAAACUUUGUGCUUCUAGGCAUUUUCUGUCUUCUAAGUGGAAAGCUGGUGUAGCUAGUUAACACUGCUUGUUAGAACCCAGGUGGGUUCCUCUUUCCCUCAAAUAACUGAGGUCAGAUCCAAAUUCUGAAGUAGUGAUACUCAGGAUAAAGAGGUCCUCUCAGACAUCAGUAGCUUAUGAGGGAGACCUCAUGUUUGAAACAGAAAGACUAACUUAACUGAUCAGUUUCUUGGUCAUGUGUUUAAGAGCUGUUGCAAAAUGGAUGUGACUUUAAAAGAGCAGAAUCAACAAAUGGAGGGAUUUAGUUUUGUCAUCCCCAAAGAAAAGAUGAUGAUGGGGAUAAUGUGACAAGUCAAUCAAAUUGCUUUUCCCACCCACCUCUUUUCUACUUUAUUAUUUGUUUGUUUUGUUUAAGGUACUGGGAAUUGAACCUAGGGGUGCACUACCACUAAGUUAUAUCUCUAGCCCUUUUUAAAAUUUGAGAUGGGGUCUUGCAAAAAUUGUCCAGCAAGUAGCUGGGAUCAUAGGCAGAUGUUUGAUUUUUCAGUUCAAGCUAGGCUACCUCCUCCCAUCACUUUAAUUCUAGGUUUUCUUGAGUGACCAAAAUGGUGG